AUGGCGUCGAUUGAAGUCGUCAACGAUGAAGCUCGUCGAGAGUUCACAAUCGCUACGCUCGAAUGCGGGCACCCGCAAGAGGACCACGUCGACACAUACGGAUGCCCAUACUUCCAAAGAAGCAAUCUCCACUGUGACCGCGAUAACCCGAACAACAAAGACCGAUUCACUAUCAAGACCUGGGACCGUGAAGGCAUAUGCAACCGAUGUCUCAGUGUAGCUCGCAAGAGGGAGGAAGAGGCGAUAGAGCGUGAACAAAAGAAAUAUGACGAGCAGCGUCGCCGAGAAGCCAAGGAGCGGGAGGAGGAGUUGCGUCGUGGAGAACGAGAGGUCCUCGAGAGAGGACAUCGACAAGAAGAGGAGCGACUUGCUGAGAAGAAACGCCGCGAAGAGGCUCUAAGGGCACAGGAGAGGCAAAAAUGGGCAUCUGAGGAACGUACUAGGGAAGUGGAAAGGAAAAGCAAAGAAGAGUAUGAGCGACAGAUCCAACUGCAAAUGGACAAGGACAUGGAGUACAUGAUGGCAAAGUCACGAGAAGAGGCUGAACGGAGAGAACGGGAAGAGGAGGAGGAAAUACAGCGAGCUCUGGCCGAAUCUGCGAGACUAAUACGCUCGGAGAGGAGUUAUCAAGAGGAUCAGAUGUCAUCUGGAUCACGAGAACAGAGCGGUGGCCGUAUCGAGUCCUGGAUCGAAAGCACAUCACGAACUACCACAACCACAACCAUCAACAACCACAGCAGCGGCAACAACCACAGCAAUAGCUACAAUAGCAAUCACAACAAUAGCAGCAGCAGCCACAAUAGCAACUCAAACUACCCUCAAAAGUCAUCCUCGCCUCCCUCACCACCCGCCACUCCUCCCACCAGAAAGGCCACCUCACCGCCACCACCACCACCUCUCCCCGUCACCGCCCCCGUCAACAAAUCCGCCGCUCGCGCACCCCCACCACCGCCGCCUGCCCCCAAGCCAGCUGGCCAAGCCAAAGAAAUCAACUACUCGCUCCCCGCCGUCGGCGACCAAAAAAUCGGUCGUUUCCGCCUGGGAAGCCGAGCCGUCCCCGUCCACGAAUCCCAGGACAUCCCAGAGACGCCCAUCACCCCCGCGAAGCCCAUCGCGCCCUCCACACCCGCCCCCAUGGUCCGCCUCGGCGGCGCAAUCCCCGUCUCCGACGUGCCCAUUGUCCGCGAAAUCAAGGGCCAGGUCAAGCCCGUUCCCAGUGCCAUGGAGAACGCCAGGCCUGCGCUCCCGUUCAGGAAGCCAAGUGUGUCGCGCAAGGGACCGCCUCCCCCAGUGCCCAACCGUGAUGGCAGGGACCCGCAGCUCGAGGCUAUGCUGGCGAAGCGACGGGCUUGGGAGCCCGAAGAGGAUGAGGGUGCGACGAUCACGCCGCCCAGGUCUCCUUCCAAGGGACAGACACCUCCGGCUAGGAGGAUGACUCAGAAUGAGUUUGAUACCAAGCGCAAGAUGGGGUGGAAGAAUAACGAGGACGAGUAAGGGAGGUGAGAAUUUAGCGUAUAAUCCUUUUUUUUGUAUAUGUAUUUACUUUUUCUUCUUUUUCAAAGAAUCAACCGAGAGAUUUUUGAUUACAUUUGUGGUACAAAUCGCUUAGUAUCUCUACUUUUGCCUUUUGCCAAUACCUAAGAUAUACUCACUCUACUCUGGUAAUAUCAUUAAUCCACAUUGUUGUUUUCG